AUGGCUUACCUUGCUGAGAAGCACGAUAUCUGGGGACCCUUCCUUGUUGUUGCUCCUGCUUCUACUCUCCACAACUGGCAGCAGGAAAUCGCCAAGUUCGUCCCCGAGUUCAAGAUUCUACCCUACUGGGGCGGCGCCAAUGAUCGAAAGGUUCUCCGAAAGUUCUGGGAUCGUAAGCAUACGACAUACCGAAAGGACGCUCCUUUCCACGUCUGUGUUACUUCGUAUCAGCUGGUUGUCUCUGAUGUGGCCUACUUCCAGAAGAUGAGAUGGCAAUACAUGAUUCUUGAUGAAGCUCAAGCCAUCAAGAGCUCUCAAAGUUCUCGAUGGAAGGCAUUGCUCAACUUCCACUGCCGAAACCGCUUGCUUCUCACUGGUACACCCAUCCAGAACAACAUGCAAGAACUUUGGGCACUUCUGCAUUUCAUCAUGCCAUCGCUCUUCGACUCACACGACGAGUUCAGCGAAUGGUUCUCCAAGGAUAUUGAGUCUCAUGCACAAAGUAAUACCAAGCUCAAUGAGGACCAGCUCAAGCGUCUGCACAUGAUUCUCAAGCCUUUCAUGCUUCGUCGUGUCAAGAAGCAUGUGCAGAAGGAGCUUGGUGACAAGAUUGAGAUGGAUAUCUUCUGUGAUCUCACUUACAGACAACGCGCGUAUUACAGUAAUCUUCGAAACCAGAUUAACAUUAUGGACCUCGUCGAAAAGGCUACCAUGGGCGACGACCAGGAUUCAGGUACACUGAUGAACUUGGUCAUGCAGUUCCGAAAGGUCUGUAACCAUCCUGAUCUCUUCGAGCGCGCUGAGGUCAACUCGCCAUUUGCUUGCGCCUACUUUGCUGAGACCGCGUCGUUUGUCCGCGAGGGUAGCGAAGUUGCCGUGGGUUAUUCUAGUCGCAACUUGAUCGAAUACGAGCUUCCUCGCCUUAUCUGGAGAAAUGGAGGCCGAAUCAAUAAGGCAGGCCCGGAUAGUCAGGUUGCAGGCUGGAAGAACCGGGCACUGAACCACAUGAUGAAUGUCUGGAGCCCAGACAACAUCCGCGAGAGCUGUGAUGGAUCAAAGGCAUUCUCAUGGCUUAGGUUUGCUGACACCUCUCCCUACGAGGCUUAUGAGGCUACGCACCAAAGCUUGAUUGUCCGAGCUGCCAAGGAGCUCCAGAAACGCGACAGACUUGGAUACAUGAAUGUUGCCUACACUGAUACUGAGGAUCAGAACUACACUCCCGCUCAUGCCCUUUUCCAGAUCCAGGCGCGACAGAACCGAAAGCCCCUGGCGGACAUUACUAGUGAAGGUGUCUUGACCCAGUUGAUGAACGUCGCUCAAGCAGACUAUAAUGAGUCUGGUCUCGGCCGCCUGGAACCUGCUGGUAGACCUCGCGCUUCAGCACCUCCAAUCCAGGUGUCUUGCCGCAGUUGGGGCUCUGAGGCCGAACGUAGCGAAGCCUUGUUUAACGCACCAAUUCGCAAGAUCCUCUAUGGCCCUACCUUCUUUGAGGAGAAGGCUCUCGUGGAGAAGAAGCUUCCCAUGGAGUUAUGGCCUACUCGUGAGAUGCUGCCUAAGCCUGAUCAUGAGAAGAAGGGCUUCACCAACAUCUCUGUUCCUUCUAUGCGGCGCUUUGUUACUGACAGUGGCAAGCUGGCUAAGCUUGAUGAACUGCUGUUCAAACUCAAGAGCGAGGGCCAUCGUGUACUUCUCUACUUCCAGAUGACUCGCAUGAUCGACAUGAUGGAAGAGUACUUGACUUACCGCAACUACAAGUACUGCCGACUGGAUGGUUCUACUAAGCUGGAAGAUCGACGAGACACCGUGCACGACUUCCAGACCCGUCCCGAGAUCUUCAUUUUCCUUCUGUCUACUCGCGCUGGUGGUCUUGGUAUCAACCUUACCUCAGCCGAUACUGUGAUCUUCUACGACUCCGAUUGGAACCCCACAAUCGAUUCGCAAGCCAUGGAUCGAGCGCAUCGUCUGGGUCAGACCAAGCAGGUCACAGUCUAUCGUCUCAUCACGCGCGGCACAAUCGAAGAGCGCAUUCGGUGGUGGCGCNNNNAGGGUGGCAAGCGACGCAAGGCCGAGAACACGGCUAGUUUGGAUGAGAUGUAUCAUGAAGGCGAGGGUAACUUUGACGAUGGAUCCAAAGGCCUAUCUGGUACAGCAACACCAGCUACCGCAGCCACACCUGGCGACAGCGACAGCAAAGGCAAGAAGGGUAGAAAGGGGACAAAGCGAGCCAAGACGGCGAAGCAAAGGUUAGCGAUUGCUGAUGGUAUGAUGGAGUGA